AUGAACACAUCCGAUAUCGACAAACCAACUAUAGAGCCGCGUUGGUUUAAGCUCUUUGCCAUGAUUGAAAGCAAAUUCGAAGCCUCCAAUAUCGCCAGUGAAAAGAUCACACCUUUGUGGCCAGCUGUACCUGUAUCUGACAAGCCAACAUGCGCAUUCAACUACUACUGCACGCUGGAAGCUGAUUCGUCGCAUGCGCGAGACGCUAUUCAAGGACAUUGCUCUUCUCGGCCCAAACCCACAGAGGCACUCCUCGGUAUCACCAAAGUCAUGUCCGAGGAAGAUGGGGAAUGUUCCUUCACCCGAGAAGGCUGGCAGUGCGACGACGCAAAUCAUGCGCGCGGCAUGGAUUGGUUAAAAUCAGUAUAUGCGCACAAAACCAGUUCACUCAUUGGGUUAUUCGAACAGCAUCCAGACUUUGGCUUUUGGCUUGCUGAUAUCACCUAUGGGUUACUCUUGUCCGACCGCCAGGUUUUGGAUAACGUUGAUACAGAGAUGGUAGUUUCGCCGGCUCUCAUGGGUCAAGACAUGCCGCGGAUGAUCUACUGGCAUAUCCGAGGAACAAGGCGGUUGGGGAUCUCCAAGGAAGAUGUGCAAACGGCCAUGGAGUGCGUGCACCUAGUAGUUGAAGCUUGCGGUGUGACGUUGAUGCAAGUGCCCAGUGUGGAUGACGUCGAUGGAGAUUUGUAG